AGGGGAGGGGAGGGGCGGAGGAAGGGGGCGGGUCCGGCGGUGCACACGCCCCGCGCCGCGCGCCGGCAGUGCCGGCCCUGACCCACGGCCAUGGGGCCGGGCAGCGGGACGCCGGGCAGGACAGGCAGCUGCCCGUACGCGGCGGGCGGGCAGCCGUAGCGGCGGGCACCGUGCCAUGGAGCCGGCGGGCACCACCACCACCACCACCGCCACCCGCCGCCGCCACCACCACCACCACCGCCGGGGUCCUGGCGGCGCAGGACGCCAUCGUCUUCUCCGGGACGGGCGCCGAAGGGGUGACCCCCCCCGCCGUGGCACCCGCCGCGGCACCCCGCCGGCACCGACGUCUUCUGGGCCAGCCUGGUGCGAGCCCAGCUCUGCGUCCAGGAGCUGCAGGGAGCCAUCGAGGGGCGGCCGGACGGCGACGACCGCGACCGAACGUCCCGGGACGUCUGGCACCACGGCCACGGGGCCGCCGCCGCGGCAGCGCCGAGCGUCUCGCACCGGCGACGCGGUCCCAGCUCUACGGGGGAGAGCGUCUCGCACCAGCACGUGCCCACGGAUGGGAGCGUCUCGCCCGAGUUCGUGCCCGCGGGCGGGAGCAGCUCGCGGGAGCGCCGAGGCCUGGGAUCCACGUACGAGAACUUCUUCCGCACGCCCACCGGUGGGAGCGUCUCGCCCAAGUCCACCCCCGUGGAUGAGAGCAUUUUCCGCCAGCACCGAGGCCACGGAUCCGCACACGAGAGCAUCUUCCGUGUGCCCACGGAUGGGACCGUCUCCCCCAAGUCCGUGCCCGUGGGUGGGAGCAUCUUCCACGAGCACCAAGGCUGUGGAAUCGCAUACGAGAGCGUCUCGCACGUGUCCGUGGGUGGGAGCGUCUCAAACGAGCACCGUGGCCGCGUGCCUACCGAUGGGAACAUCUCGCCCAGGUCCAUGUCCGUGGAUGGGAGCAUCUCGCCCGUGUCCGUGCCCACGGAUGAGACCGGCUUGCAGGAGCACGUGCCGAUAGAUGGCACCAACUCGUCAAGUCCACACCCGUGGAUGAGACCAACUCAACCAAGUCCGUGCCCACGGAUGGGAGCAUCUCGCAUCAACGUGUGCCAAAGGAUGGGAGCAUCUCGCCCGCGUCCGUGCCCCACGGAUGGGAGCAUCUCGCAGGAUCACGUGCCCACGGAUGGGAGCAUCUCGCCCGCGUCCGUGCCCACGGAUGGGAGCAUCUCGCAUCAACAUGUGCCAAAGGAUGGGAGCAUCUCGCCCGCGUCCGUGCCCAGGGAUGGAACCAUCUCUCCGGAGCACGUUCCCAUGGGUGGGCGCGUCUCGCCCAAGGCUCUGACCGUGGGUUGGACCACCGCGCCCAAGUCGCUGCCCGCGGACGGGAGCAUCUCGCCCGAGUUCACGCCCACGGGUGGGACCACCUCGCCCAAGCGCUGGAACCCCCAGUGCAGCGAAGAGGAAGAGGAGGAGGACGACGAAGAUGACGACAGCUGCUCUUCCCGGGAGGAAGACGCCGAGGAAGAGGAAGAUCUGGAGGAGGAGGAGCCCCACUUCCACACCAACCCCCCUCUUCCAGAGCCGGGUGCCGGCACCCACGGGUGCCCGCCGGGUGCCCCUCUACCGCCCCACGGUGCGCCCUGCGGCCGCUGCUCGUCACCGAGGGGGACGACGGCACGGGGGGCACCGGGGAGGGACGGGGGUGUCCCCCCCCCACCAGCACCCCCCCGCCCCUUGGGUGCCGCCCGGCAGGAGGGGACGUCGGCAGCACCACGGAGGGGGGACCCCCCCGACUCCCAGGCCUGAUGCUCUCCGACCCCCCGGAUCUGCCCCCGGGAUCUGGGGGGUCCCCAGAUCCCUACGGCUGCAGCCAGAAUGGGGGUACUGGGACCCCCCCGGACCCCUGGCCCCACUGGAGCUUACCCUACGGGGGGGUGACCAGGACCCCCCCAGCCCCGGUUACCCCCCAAGGUGUGGCCCCAGGAGGGGGAGACCAGGAUCUGCCCCUCCCCAGGCCCCUGACCCCCCAAAGCCGCCCCUGGGAGGGGGGUACCGGACCCCCCCACCCCCCCCAGAUUUGCCCCAAGGAGGGGGAUUACCAGAAA